AUGAAGUUGCCGGAGCUUUCUCAGUUUCAAACAACCUCCAUGACUAAGCAAAAUGGACGAGACAAAUCUUCGUCGCUUCUCUCCGACGGCUUCCUCUUCGUUGGUGGAGCUAUGGUGGCUCUCCUAUUUGUUUGGGCUCUUGGGUCCUUCAUAAGCCCAAGCCCUGACCCUAACCACAGUUUCUCAACUGGAGUCACCGAGUCUAAACCCAGAGUUGCCUCAGAAAACGUGAACGUCUCACCACCAAAGUACGCCGUCGAUGCGCAUGGUUCCAACCUGCACUACGACCCACCUGAGCGGACGUUCUACGACCCACCUGAGCGGACGUUCUACGACGACCCCAAACUAAGCUACACUAUAGGAGAGCCCAUUAGAAACUGGGACGAGAAGAGAAAAGAGUGGCUGAAACACCAUCAAUCAUUCGCCGCCGGAGCAGACGAACGAGUCCUAAUGGUGUCAGGUUCCCAACCUUCGCCGUGUAGAAACCCAAUUGGCGAUAAUUUACUGCUGAGGUUUUUCAAGAACAAGGUUGACUACUGUCGAAUCCACGGCUACGACAUUUUCUACAACAACGUGUUGUUACAACCGAAAAUGUUCUCAUAUUGGGCGAAAAUACCAGUGGUCCGAGCCGCCAUGGUGGCUCACCCGGAAGCUGAGUGGAUCUGGUGGGUCGACUCGGACGCUGCCUUCACCGACAUGGACUUUAAACUCCCGUUAGACCGAUACAGAAACCACAACCUCGUCGUCCACGGUUGGUCCCACUUGAUCUACGACAAGAAGAGCUGGACUAGCAUCAACGCCGGCGUGCUCUUGAUCCGGAAUUGCCAGUGGUCGUUGGACUUCAUGGAAGUGUGGGCCAGCAUGGGCCCACAAACCCCAAAGUACGAUCGAUGGGGUAAAAUCCUCCGAUCAACGUUGAACGACAAGAUGUUCCCGGAAUCAGAUGAUCAAUCGGGUCUGGUUUAUUUACUGUUGAAAGAGAGAGAUAAAUGGGGCGAUAAGGUUUACUUAGAGGGCGAGUACUAUUUUGAAGGGUACUGGUUGGAGAUUGUUGGGACGCUUGAGAAUAUCACCGACAAGUAUGCGACGAUAGAAAAAGGGGUGCGCAGGUUAAGGAGGCGGCAUGCUGAGAAGGUGAGCGAGAGCUAUGGUGCGCAGUGGGAGGAAUAUCUUAAAGACGCCGGGAACGGGAAGGGUAGUUGGAGACGGCCGUUUAUCACACACUUCACGGGGUGUCAGCCAUGUAGUGGGGACCACAACCAGAUGUAUUCCGGGCACAGUUGCUGGGAAGCGAUGAAGAUGGCUUUGAACUUCGCUGAUAAUCAGGUGCUUCGCAAUUAUGGGUUUAUGCACCAGGGCCUACUGGAUUCUUCCUCUGUCUCGCCUUUGCCGUUUGAUUUCCCGGCUUGAGAAGAGGAGGUACAAAGUGUUUAUCAAAUACUUUUAUGUAUAAUGGAGUACGUAUCAAUUUAUGAAUUAUGAUCUUUUAGUAAGGCGUCUAUCUCCUCAUUUCAUACUUUAGAAAUGAAUCGAGUAUAAGAUGAUCUUUUAUGAAAGAGUUGCUUUUUCCAUUCCAUAAUUUUUAACGUUAAGAAGAAAUAGAGUAAAGGACGACAUUUUGCUUGGAUCAUCAAACUUGUUGUUAUUGUUAUCACUAAAAAAGACUUGU